AUGAAGAAUGAACUGGAAUCAAAGAUGAAUUCUUUAUGUAUUGAUACUGAAAAAGAAGCGGAAGAACUAGCGAAAAGCCAUGAAGAAUGCAAUUCUAAGUUUAGAGAAAUUGAAGAAAGGUUUAACGUUUUACGGCAAAGCUAUGACACUAAACUGAAUAUGUUAACAAAGCGUUGUAAACAAAUGGAAGCGAAUGGUAUAAAUCUGACCCAAAAAUAUUUGAAGUUGUUAGGAACCAAUCGUAGAUGUGCUGAGGAGAUGCAAGCACAGAAAAUUGAGUUGCCGCAGGACGUCGAUCAGUUGCAGUUUCUUUGCUUACAGCUAAGAGAAGAACUGAUUGAGACACGAGCGGCUAAAGAGCAUAUGGAAAGAGAACUUAAAGAUGAAAUAACAAUGCUUCAAGUGCAGAGGAAAGAGGAUGCUAUAGAGAAACAAAGGCUAGAAGCUGCUUUAACUGCCCAGGUAAAUGGUGUCAAUGAGGAGCUAGGACUAGCCAGAAGCGAGCUUAGCACUCUCCACGGUGCCUCUCGAAGGGUGGAAGAGAUGGAUAAACUUGUUGUGAAAUACCGUAUUGUGAUAGAAGAACUGGAGAAGGAACUAAAAAAUUUACAGAAAGAACGCAAAGACCUUGAGCUUUCUGUUGCAACCUAUAAACAGAAGUGUUCGGCUUUGCAGCAGGAAUUGGACACCAGUGAAACUGUUCAGAAGGAUUUUGUGAAGCUUUCUCAAGACCUUCAAAUUCAGUUGGAAAAAAUUAGGCAGGCGGAACAGGAAGUGAGGUGGCAGUUUGAUGAAGACGUUCAUGCCUGUAACGAAUGUAGCCAGAGUUUUACCAAAAAUCGUAGUAAGCUACACUGUCUUCACUGUGGCAAAAUUUUCUGCUCAGAGUGCUUGAAUUGUACUGUUCAGAGUGGCCCUCACGGUCGCGCAGCUAGAGUCUGUCAAGUAUGCCAUACUCUGCUGAUCAGGUUAGGGUUUUUAGCCUUGGUAGGCCUAUAUCUUUAUCCUGACUGA